CACUUCUCACAACAUCGUUUGAAGUUUCAUUCUUUAUGUGGUUCAAUUUGUACACACACUCACCAUAAAUACAGCUACCUACUGUGAUUAUCUUUAUCAUCACACCAUUACUUAUAUACCCUUAUCGUUUUUGCAGAAACCUUCUGAAAUCACAGAGGCAUGUGUCUGAUAUGAACUAGCCUUGGGAGAGCGUGAAAAUGAAGAAAGAGCGUAGAAAAGGUGAAGCUUUAAGAAUGUUCAGUUAUCGGAGAUCCAGGAGCAUGUCCGGGUCAAGAUCCGGCAAUGAGAAGGCCUUCGUUGAUUCCGAAAUCUAUUACGUACGUGGACUCUCCCGGCGGUGGCAAAAGCUUCUGAAAUUGUCUGGUUGGCGGUGAAGUGCGCCGAUUUUAUCAAAAUACGAGGUCCGAGGUUCAUCAAAGAAAUUAAAGCAAAGAAACAACUCGAAGAGGAAAGUAAAACUAGUGAUAAAUAGAAUUCUGAUGCCAUCUUUUUGUCUCAUGAAUUGGUUAGACAAAGCAAAAAGAAGAUAAAAACACCCCACCACGUCAAAUUUGAGCAGCAUUAGGCAACAUAGAAGUGGACUUCGUUCACUUGAUUUGGUUAGGUUUAGGGAAUAUAGAAUGUUCACAAAAAACAACAAAAGCAAACCGAACCCACCAACAAUGGGACCUCCACCAUGUCACGUUAAGGCUCCCAUGAUAAAAAGAGUGUUGGUUCAAGAGAUGGCUCACCAAGCUUAUUGGCCCGGAGGUGCAGCAGCCUGUGAUCCCUCCACUGUCAAGAGCCGGAGGUUGUCGCUGCUCUGUGAAACCAGCCUCACGCGGUGCCCUCCCGUCUAGGAACCAGGAGACUCUUGCCUUCGCAAGGGACCCAUGGCUCAACACUCAACUUGGAGUGGGCAAGCCAGCAAGAUGCAACCAUCAGGCCAGCUAGGUGAAGACCAAACCUUGUUCCAACACCCUGGUGCCCCCACUUGGGUCACAAGCUGACGUAACACAGCUCGGCGAACAACCAUGUCUGUCAGAGGGUUUAUAAAGAGUAGUUUGUCUGGUACUCUAGACGAUGUGGGACUUGAAGACGGAAAUAUUAAGUGUUGAGUUGGAAAGAGAGGCUUCUUCCUCAUCGUCUAUUCUCUCCAUGUCUAUGAUGCCUCUUAAUACAUUAUAACCUUAUAAAUAUCUGAGUUGUUGGAUUUUGAAUCUUUUAUAUCAGUCAGAGUGGUACAUAUUGACGGAUUUCCAAAAGAACCAAUAUAUACAUUCCUCUUAAAUCAUAAGUUAUAUUGAUCAUUUGGUGUGUAUUUUGUUUUAAACAUUUUUGUCUUUAACUACUACAAAUUACUUUACCAUUUUAAUAAAUUGUAGUCAAAGAAGGCUUCACGCUGUCUCACGCCACAACCAAGUUGUUUAUUCUAAAAAUGGUUUCAUCAACUAUUGGGAAUCACUACCACUUGGUCAAAAGAUGAAACUGUAGUAGGAUAGAGCUACUGAGCUACUCCACUUCCCACAUCUCAUUCAGUAAGACCAACAACUCCAAUACUUCAAUUGUUUAAGCUCACUCUGCAUGCAAUCUUUUUAUCUCCCCUUUAUGCAAUCCAAAUCUUCCUAUAAAACUACUACCAUAAUCUUAUUACGACUUCAUCCAUCUUCAAAGCAACCACACCAUUAUUCAACUUCAAGAUAUAUAUAUGAAUCGCAGUAUCCAGAAAAGGGAAAAUGGCCAAAAAUAUCACCUUCAUAUAUCUUUCCCCGAGAACCAUAGUAGUACUUCAUCUCUUCGUCUUUGCCAUCACCCUCAGGCAUGCCAAAACAGAUGUGGUCACUGAGGUGCAUGCUCCAGCCCCUACAAUAACUUUCUUUAUGCAUGACAUCAUUGGUGGAUCAGCCCCUUCAGAAAGAAUCGUUGCUGGCACCAUUGUAGACACUCAAACAGCUAAACUUCCUUUCUCAAAACCCAACAACAGGAUCUUCCCCUUUAAAGGUGCCAUACCAUUAGUUGAUACAAACACUGUCACUAAUCCUACACACUCAAGCACCACCAUGGUCAUAAAAAACAUUGACAAAAACAAGGUUGUUAUCGAUAGUAAUCCACUGGGAGCAUUACUAGACAAGUUUUUGUUCGGAAGAAUAACGGUUAUUGACGAUGAAAUUACGCAGGGGCAUGAGUUUGGGUCAGAGGUUAUUGGUAAAGCACAGGGAUUUCAUUUGACUAGCUCAUUGGAUGGAAGUAGCCGAACCAUGGCAUUUACGGUUGUGUUUGGUGGUGAAGGUGAUGAGGAGGAGGAUGGUGUUAGUUUCUUCGGUGUGCACAGGACAGCUACAAAGGAGUCUCAUAUUGCUGUUGUUGGAGGAACUGGGAAAUAUGAUAAUGCAAAAGGGUAUGCCAAAAUUCAAACAGUGCCUUCACCUGAACAGCAUAUCACAAAUGGCUUCGAAACACUUCUUCAAAUUACUGUAUACAUAGCUUAGAUAAUAGUUAUAGCAAUUAGCAAGGCAGAUUACAUAUUCUUUGUAGUUAAAGAAGCAAAAUUUUUUUCUAUGCAUGAAUGGAAAUAUAUUAUCAAACAGUUGGAUAUCCAGAUUUUCAAGUGUUCUCAAAUAGUUGCAUACUUAAAAUUCUACCUUUUAAAAUCAUUCACAACAAAUAUUCUAAGCUCUACCCUGCAUGUUCGAUGCAGGUAAUUUUGAUGCUUUGUGUGAUGACUAAAUGCGAUUCCAAAUGUGUAGAAUUUGUGGAACACUUUUAGCUUUUAAUCUCUUAACCAUCAGAUGAACUUAAGGAAAUUUAUUGAUUUAUUCUCUUUUGACUGUUGUGUUAAAGACGUGUGUUUUUUGGACUGUUGUAAUUGCAAGGUUACAGUCGAU